GGCAGUGGGAGCGAUGAGGGAACUGAGAUGGUGGUAGCCGUUGUGUGAAGAUGGAGUUUCCCAGAGGAAAUGACAAUUACCUGACGAUCACAGGGCCCUCGCACCCCUUCCUGUCAGGGGCCGAGACAUUCCAUACACCAAGCUUGGGAGAUGAGGAAUUUGAAGUCCCACCUAUCUCCUUGGAUUCUGAUCCUUCACUGGCUGUCUCAGAUGUGGUUGGCCACUUUGAUGACCUGGCAGACCCUUCCUCCUCUCAGGAUGGCAGCUUUUCAGCCCAAUAUGGGGUCCAGACAUUGGACAUGCCUGUAGGCAUGACCCAUGGCUUGAUGGAGCAGGGCGGCGGGCUCCUGAGUGGGGGCUUGACCAUGGACUUGGACCAUUCUAUAGGAACUCAGUAUAGUGCCAACCCACCUGUUACAAUUGAUGUACCAAUGACAGACAUGACAUCUGGCUUGAUGGGGCAUAGCCAGUUGACCACCACUGAUCAGUCAGAACUGAGUUCUCAACUUGGUUUGAGCUUAGGGGGUGGCACCAUCCUGCCACCUGCCCAGUCACCUGAGGAUCAUCUUUCAACCACCCCUUCACCUACUAGUUCACUUCAUGAGGAUGGUGUUGAGGAUUUCUGGAGGCAACUUCCCAGCCAGAAGACAGUUGUGGUGGAAGCAAGAAAAAAGCAGAAGGCCCCAAAGAAGAGAAAAAAGAAAGGUCCUAAUGAACCUCAGAGGCCAGUUUCAGCAUAUGCUUUAUUCUUUUGUGAUACACAGGCUGCCAUUAAGGGACAGAAUUCCAAUGCCACUUUUGAGGUUUCAAAAAUUGUGGCCUCCAUGUGGGAUAGUCUUGGAGAGGAGCAAAACCAGGUGUAUAAGAGGAAAACUGAAGCUGCCAAGAAAGAGUAUCUGAAGGCUCUGGCUGCAUAUAAAGACAAUCAAGAGUGUCAGGCCACCGUGGAAACAGUAGAACUGGAUCCAGUGCCACCGUCCCAGACUCCUUCUCCACCUCCUAUGGCUACUGUUGACCCAGCAUCUCCAGCACCAGCCUCAGCCUCAACAGAGCCCCCUGCCCUGUCCCCGUCCAUUGUUGUUAACUCCACUCUUUCCUCCUUUGUGGCAAACCAGGCAUCUUCUGGGGCUGGGAGUCAGCCCAAUAUCACCAAGUUGAUUAUUACCAAACAGAUGUUGCCCUCUUCUAUUACUAUGUCUCAAGGAGGGAUGGUUACCAUUAUCCCAGCCACAGUGGUGACCUCCCGGGGGGUCCAACGAGGCCAAACCAGUACAGCCACUAUCCCGCCCAGUCAACGAGCCCAAAUUGUCACUCGCUCAGUGUUGCAGGCAGCGGGAGCAGCUGCUGCUUCUAUGCACCUGCCUCCACCCCGAAUACAAACCCCUCCACUGCAACAGAUGCCUCAGCCCCCCACUCAGCAGCAAGUGACCAUUCUGCAGCAGCCUCCCCCACUGCAGGCCAUGCAGCAGCCUCCACCUCAGAAAGUUCGGAUCAGUUUACAGCAACAGCCACCUCCUCUGCAGAUCAAGAUUGUGCCUCCACCCACUCUGAAAAUGCAGACGCCCUUAGUCCCACCAGCUGUGGAAAGUAGUCCUGGGCGGCCUAUGAACAACAGCCCUGAGGCCCACAUGGUGGAGGAAACCUCUCCUGAGACAAUCUGUGAGACAAUCACAGAUGUAGUUCCUGAGGUUGAGUCUCCUUCUCAAAUGGAUGUUGAAUUGGUGAGUGGGUCUCCCGUGACACUCUCACCCCAGCCUCGACGUGUGAGACCCGGUUGUGAGAACCCUCCUGUUGUGAGUAAGGACUGGGACAACGAAUACCGCAGCAAUGAAUGUGCGGUGAAGCACUGCAGGGAUGUCUUCUUGGCCUGAGUGGCCUCUAGAAAUUCAAACACCGUGGUGUUUGUGAAGUAG